AUGUAUAAAAGCGAACUUUUAUUUUACCUUCAUUUAUUGGAUACCGAUCCCACAAUACAACGUUUUUUAAACUACGAUAAAUUCUAUUGUCUUGCUGACAAAUAUCUUAUAGCUAUGGUUUUUAUUUAUUUUAAAAGAGCCCAACUUUCAUUGCAAGAUUUUACCCCUUUGAAUUUUUUUGCCGGACUUUGUUUAGCACAAUCUAUGGAAGAAGAUAUUGAUCUAAGCUCUGAAAUAUAUCCUUGGGCAUUGGGAAAAAAUGAUGUAGAAAAUAAAAUAAAUAAUUUAUUAGAAAUAAAAAGUCUUUUAUGGCAGUUAAUGGAUCAUAGAGCAGCAGUUAGUUAUCAUUGUUGUAAACAAGUAAGACAAAUCAUUUUAAUUUUAUCAAUCGAGUGA